AUGUUCAAGAAAUCACUAGCAAACAUCCUUUUUGCUGUCAUCUUUGCAGCCAUGAACGUGGUUACAAUAGUGGCUGCAGUUGAUCCAGCAGCAGGAGCAGCAGCAGGAGGAGAGCCAGUUAUUGAGUUGUACAUGCACGACAUUUUAGGCGGCAGCACCCCAACUGCUCGGCCAAUCACCGGCCUGUUAGGCACCAUCUACAGUGGACAAGUGCCCUUCGCAAGGCCUCUCGGUUUUGUACCCCCGGAAAAUGGUGUAGCCAUUCCAAAUUCCAACGGCGCAAUCCCAACAGUAAAUGCCAACGGUGUUCCAUUAGGCACUGGAUUAGCGGGUACAGCUUUUGCCGGUAUCCCCAAUGGCUCAAACAACAAUGGUAAAACAAUUAACACACAGGUAGGCCCUGACGGCUUGGGUCUAGGCUUUGGCACGAUUACUGUCAUCGAUGAUUUCUUAACCUCUGCUCCCGAGUUGGGUUCGCAGCAACUUGGGAAAGCACAGGGGGUUUAUGUUGCAAGCUCUGCUGAUGGAUCAACGCAGAUGAUGGCAUUCACGGCUGUGAUGGAAGGAGGGGAAUAUGGUGACAGCCUUAACUUUUUUGGGGUGUACAAGAUUGGAAGUACCAUGUCUCGUCUGUCCGUGACAGGGGGUACCGGCAAGUUUAAGAAUGCGUGUGGAUUUGCAGAGGUGAGAUCGCUCAUUCCGGCUGGUCAGCAUGUCCUUGAUGGUGUUGAGGCAUUGCUUAGGUUCACAAUUCAUCUUACUUACUGA